GUCCACAAAUGAAGGCUGAACUGGCUGACACAGAAAGAAGAGCAUAUUUCUCCAGCAGGCUUGCUCUUUUGUUUCUGCUCUCCUCUCUUAUUCUAUUUCCUGCAUCCUUUGGAGCACCACAGUCACCUUGGCUGCCCUGCUCACACCAGCUUUCUUUCUGAUUGCGUCUCACUCCUCUGCAUUUUUUCUGUUUGUAAAGGCAAUCAGUCAUCUCCAUCAACUGCACCAUGUUAUCCACCACGAGGAUGCUGAUUGUGUCUCUACUUGUUUGUGGCACGAUGGCUCUGACUAGAGCUAAUGGUGACGAAAUCUUGUCUGCCAACGUAUCUUGUCCCACUAAUUGGACUCAGCACGAUAGCCGCUGUUUCCACUUUGUUGAAACAACAUUGAGUUGGGCUCAGGCUCAGAAACACUGUCAGUCCAAGGGUGGAAACCUUGCAUCAAUACAUAAUUUGGGGGAGGUUUUGGAGAUUCAGGGGAUUGUGUAUAAUAACACUCAGAAGAAAAAAGCAUGGAUUGGAGGCAGCAAUUGCCAAGAGGAAAAUGUUUGGCUCUGGGGUGAUGGUACAGAUUUCACGUUUUUCUACUGGUGUCCAGGAAAACCAGAGAGUUCCAAAAGAGAGUGCUGUUUAAAGAUUUCUUCCACAGAUGGAAAAUGCUGGGAAGAAUCUUUGUGUAACAAACUCCUCCCAUCAAUAUGUUCCAAAAGUCUCCUAAAUGUGACACAAAACUGACACAGAGACAUGCACGAACAUCAAACAAAUUCUUGGUGAAUGUGACAAAUGGUGUACACAGAAGCUGAAGAAGAGGAGGUUGAAUGAUUAUCAAUGAUUAUGGUCAAAGAAUAAUAUUUUAUUGUAAAAUUAAAAGGCUGUAGAACAAACUGUCUGUCUGAACUUUAUUUGACUGUUGUUUCUGAGUAGCAAGGGAAGGAAUAGUGUGUAAAUUAUGACAGGACAGCAAAACCUGUCCAACUUUGACACAAAAGACCACAAUUCACUUCCUGCCCCCUGCCAUCAUUGUCUAUUAUGUCUCUCUAUAAUUGUAUUUCUUUGAUACAAGGUUGUACAAUCACUCUAUUAUUCUGUUGUUAUAGGACUCAAAUUGAAUGUAAAAAUCUAGUUACUGCUUUAUAUACAUAAAUUGUACCCGUCAUAUUUAUUGUAAAAGAGGUUUGAAUAAAGUCACAUUGA